GCCGUAGAAAGCUGUCGCUCAUUCUGUGAUGCCCGUUGGUCGCAUUCCGAUCAGGUGAUCGAUCGAGGAGGAUCGACGGCCGGGCCACGCAUUUGCCACGCAUCAUCUUGCAGCCCGUGCACGCCAUCCCCUCGCCAUGCAAUCCCAGCCUCCUAUUUCCGCAAUCUAUUCAGCAUGUUCCUCGCCUCGACCGUGUCUCAUUUCCCACCUCGCACCCGGAGCGGAGAGCCGUACCGUCCCACCUGCGAGAAGAGCACACCCACUGUGACGAGGAUCUGCACUAGCUACUACGGACAUGACGAACACACUGCUCGAGGAGAAAGAGAGUAGGUAUGAUGUGGCGAUCGUCGGUGCAGGGCCUGGAGGAGUGAUGAUGGGCAUAGCGCUCAAGGAGCAAUUGGGCGUUCACGAUAUCAGGAUCUACGACAAGUCGUCCGACUUUGGCGGGACCUGGCUUGACAACUCGUACCCCGGCAGCGCAUCCGACACGCCCGCCCACUUCUACACCCCUACCACUCACAUCAAUCCUCACUGGUCCCGCACAUUCCCUCCCCAGUCCGAGCUCCUCGCCUACUGGCGCGGCCUUGCGUCGCAAUACUCCCUUCACACGAAUGCCUCCUUUUUCACGCGCGUUGUCCAUGCGUCCUGGAACGCGACUACGCAACACUACGACAUUGAGAUCGAGGACGUCCGGACUGGCGAGCGGAGACAGGAGCAUGCAAAGUUCGUCGUGAGCGCGACGGGCUUGGUCAGUGAGCCGCGAUACCCGGAGGGCAUCCAAGGGCUGGGUCAAAAGGGAGAGUGUGCAUUCGAGGGCGUGGGCGGGUUAUGGCACUCUGCGCGGUGGAGGCAUGAUGUCGACUUCCACGGGCGCAAGGUUGCUGUCAUUGGGAACAGCGCGUCGGCAGCACAAUUCGUUCCAUGUCUAUCGGCUGACCCAGCCACCCACGUCGUGAACUUCUGCAGAUCGCCGAAUUGGUUUGUCUAUGGUGCCCGCCACCGAUACCCUCCCGCGCUCCGUUGGGUGCUAGCACACGUACCCCUCGCGUUACGUAUCUUCCGGAUGUCCGUCAUCCUCAUCAAUUACGGUCGGCCGAUAUGGCAUACCCUUCGCCAGAAGGUCAAAAGUGGAGGCAAAGAGGGCCGUGAAGCUGACCUCACAGCAUACAUGAAGCGCACCGCUCCGGCGAAGUAUCACCAACAGCUCACACCCAACUACCCAAUGACAUGCCGUCGCCCGAUCCUCGACGCGGGCUACUACGCCUGCCUUCACAGGCCCAACGUCGAGCUCCGUUCGAACGCCGUGCGGGAGGUGACAAAGAGCGGGCUGCGCUUCGAGGACGGGACGGAGGAGGCGUUCGACGUGAUCAUCUUGAGCACGGGCUUCAUCACGGGACGGAGUCUCUUCACGAUCAAAGGAGAGGGCGGUGUGGACCUGGAUGAGUUCUGGAAGAGCGAGGGACGCCCGAUGGCCCAUCGCGGCGUGUGUGUACCGGGUUUCCCCAAUUUGUUUCUCAUCGCAGGACCAAACACGGUGACGCGCAACGGCUCCGCGAUCUUCACGCACGAAGUCGGGGUGGACUACAUCGUCCAGCUCCUGACGCCCCUUCUCCGACCCUCUCCCUGUCCCUCCCUCACCUUGCGCGUCCCCCUCGCUGCCUACCGCGCCUUCAACGCUGCCCAAGCACCUGCGCUCGCCGCCGGCGCAGCAGCCACAGCAGCCUGCCCACCGUCGUGGUUCCGUGCGGACGGGGGGACGGGCGCGAACUUUAGCACGUGGCCGGGGAGCAUAUAUGGGUUCUGGUGGGCGAUGCGGAAGGUGAGGUGGGAGGAGUAUGAUGUGAGGGACGCGGAGGGUACUGCGGUGGAUGUUGGCGGACGGUGGACGAAGGUGGUGGGUGCGUUGGUGAGUGUUGGGGCGGUCCUUGGGAUGGGUGUGGGUUGGUGGGAGAGGGAGAGAGUGGGGAAGCUUGUUCAGGGUGCGUUGCGAGGACACUAGAAAAUGGGCUUGAGGAUUAUAGGCUCAAUUGGGCGACAUGGACAGCGACGGCUAUCGUGUAAGUUGUACUUUGUCGGCGAUGUCUUUUGACUGCUUGAAUCCAGAAGAUGAUGUGUACAUGAUCCAGACGAUCUAGAUCUUGCAUUGCUUCAA